AUGCAGAAGCUUAAUUCACCGUUAACCAUAACGACAGAUGAUAGGGGUCAGUCACGUUUGCGGGCUUCCAAUUGCCGGCUGGCAGCUUUCAUUCAAUCGUACCUAAAGGAUAAUAACUCAACCACAUUCUUCGUUGAUUUAGUGAGCACGACAACUUGCAUGGCAAGUUUGGCCAAAUUCCUUCUUCAAUUUUGGUUUUUACUGAUUUUGGCACCAGUUGGUCUAAACUGCCAACAACGGAGCAACCUGUCAAGUAGUCUUCAGGCUACAGAUCAGGAAGUUACAGCUUUAGGCAUUCAGUCAUACCGGCCAGCUCUGUCUGGGCGGUAUGAAAUUGAGGCUGCAACAUCUCGGCUGCCAGAUCGAAGGCAUUUGUCGGAGGAGCAGACAUCCACCAAGACCCUACGAUCAGGCACCAGCAAGAGUGAGCAAAAGACAAUCCAAACCCACCACAACUCUUCGGAUCAACCGUCCGGCAGUAAUCAGUUCCUGAAGACACCAAUGGGCAGGGUAAAAAGAGAGGGAAUUACAGCUCCAGACAGAUAUGCAAAUACUAUCAGGGAGGUCAAUUCAAGGAACCAAGGAGGUGGCAAAGAAGCGACGCUGGAUGGGCCGAAAGACUGUUUAGACGCCUAUCUGGCCUGCAGUACCGCGGUCAGUUUCUGUCCGCGAGAUAUUGACAUUUUCAACCAGACUUGCGGCAACUGGCAAGAUGGAAACAGUUUGCUUUCCUGCCACCGGCACAAACGUGGUCCUUGUCGUGCUGCUAUCCGCACACUUAACGAGGGUUCAGCCGGUCUGUUGCAUUGUACCUGUCAUGGCAGCCGAGAUCGACUACAACAUGAGCUACAGCUUUGCAAUUUGCUCUGGCAGAACCUCAACAGGCACCCUUGCCUAUCAGAGACCAGCUCGAGCUCGACUGAGGAGUCUGUCGAACGAGUCAAUGAGGUAGAUACUGCAAUGGCCAGAGGCGAGUUCAUUUCAGGAUUGACCGGAAGUGGUAGGACAGAAAAUAUCGGCGAAUCAAGUAGAGAUAAAGGUGAAAUGGUGACAACAGUAUUGCCGGGAUCACCAAGCCACUAUUCUCUACAGCCAGAUAAAAUGGAAGAUGGUAUCGAAGGCUGGUCACAAGAGGUGGUAGCAGAUAAUGAUAAUCAGUCGGACGCUGAGCUGAAUAGACGAGCUUCAAAGGGUCCAGGGGGAUGGGGUGCU